AUGAUUCAAGGCUCGUUUAGUAAUGAAUAUUACUGGUUUUCAAGGCAUUUCAUAACAUGUUCAGCAACAAUAUUUAUAAUCAUAUGGACAUUUAUACCUGAAGAUAUUGAUAUACUAUUUAUCAAGAAGGAUUUUAUACGAUCUAUUUUAGACAUCCUUCCAGAUCGAAGAUGGGUGAUCUAUUUCCAAUGUUUUGUCUUAAUGGGCAUGCUUUGGUGUUAUACGGCGUUGAUGAUGUAUAACGAAGAUGUAUUAACUCCAAAUUUAGAUGAUUUAUCUACAAUAACUGAUUCAAGAGCAAAUGUAGUUAUAGUAAGUGAUAAAGAGAAAUUUUUAAAUGAGUAUGCAUAUAAUGCAACCAGCGGCGUAUUUGAUUUACCUAUAACAGAUGUAUGUAAAAUACUAUAUAGUGAUGAUUAA